CAGCUCGAGCUCUGCGGCCGCCGCCUCCCCGCUGACCCCGCGAUCUGAGGCUGUCAGCGAUGACUCUGGUUCUGUCCAUGAAUAGAUUUUGCGAGCCCAUUGUCUCUGAAGGAGCUGCUGAAAUUGCUGGGUACCAGACGCUAUGGGAGGCUGACAGCUACGGAGGCCCGAGCUCCCCGGGGCCAGCACAGGCCCCUCUGCAGGGAGACCGGGGAGCCGGUCCCCCGCUGGCAGGAUCACAUUACAGGGGAAUUUCAAAUCCUGUAACAACAUCCAAGAUCACAUACUUCAAGAGGAAGUAUGUGGAAGAAGAGGAUUUUCACCCACCACUCAGCAGCUGUAGCCAUAAAACCAUCUCAAUUUUUGAGGAGCGAGCCCACAUCCUUUAUAUGUCCUUAGAAAAGCUAAAGUUUAUCGAUGACCCUGAAGUAUACCUCCGAAGAUCUGUCCUUAUAAACAAUUUGAUGAAAAGGAUCCAUGGAGAAAUUAUCAUGCAGAAUAACUGGUGCUUUCCUGCCUGCUCUUUCAACGGCGCCUCUGCCCAAGAGUGGUUCAUGGCUCAAGACUGUCCUUAUCGAAAACGACCACGCAUGGCCAAAGAGGAGUGUGAAAAGUUUCAUGCCUGCUGCUUUUACCAAGAAUGUGGCGGCCACUACCUAAAUUUACCCCUUUCUGUCAAUGCUAAUGUCGGAAGUGCCUCCACUGCCUCUUCCUCCUCCUCCUCCUCAUCUUCCUCUUCCUCUUCCCCUCUGCCUUUACCGAGUUGUUCCCACCAGGUGGAUUUUGACGUAGGCAGACCACCUAUUUACAAGAGUGAUGGCCAGAUACCUGCCAAUGAAAUAUUCAUUACUAAUGUCAGGUCACUUGGUGUUCAGGAAAAGGCCAAAUUAAAUGAUGAGAAAGCAAACAGUGACACCAACAGGGAUGGUGGCCCCCUAAGCCAUGAACUUGUGGGAAAUGACCUUGCUUUUGAGUGCAAAGGCCAAUUUUAUGAUUAUUUUGAGACUGGAUGCAAUGAGAAAAACAAUGUGAGUGAGUCUUGGAAAAAGUCGUUGAGGAAAAAGGAGCCUUCACCAAGUAACAAACUAUGCUGCAGCAAAGGAAGUAAAAUAUGAGCCAUCUUUUCACCGAAACUUUGAAGCAUGCACAGCAUGAUCAAUUAGCUCUCAUAAAUUUUAUUUUGAAUGGCUUUUAUAGUUUUGUACAACUGAUAAAAUUAUGCCAUGAACAUGCCGUCUCGCUUUAAUGCCUGGAGAGCAGAUUGCAUAAAACAUCUGUAUAGUAGGCAUCAGCGAGCUACUUAUAAAUGUGGUGAUUUUAUCAAGAAAACAGUUGGCCGCUUAAAAGUAUAUAUCUUAGUUUUCUUACAGAAAAGAUGAGUAGAUUAGACUGGGGGACAACGUGCCCUUGUGAUAUUUCCAUUGCCUCCCCCCUUCAAGGAGCCCGUCAGUAGUUAAGAACCUUCAACGUGUUUGCCAAUUAAUUAGGUAGUUAUUUGGUAAGCAAAUCAAUAUAACCAGCAAAGGAUGUCUGCUUUUUCUAUAUGAUACAGUAUUUUUUCUGAAGAAAUGACUGAAAGCAAGGAGCUAGAUGAAAUGGCUUCAUGGUGCUGUUAAGUAUUUGUAUUUAACAGUCUUGUGUGACAGAUGAAAUAGGAGGGAACAUAAUAAAGCACACCUGUCUAGGGGCGGAAUCGACAGUAGCAGAGAGGGUAAUCCCUGCAAGUUCCUGGCUUGCCUGCGAUGGGUGAUGAAGCUUUUAGGGAUGCGUUAUACAGGGCGAUUUUUGGUGCCUUACUUUAUCUUAAUUUUUGCCAAUGUGAAAAUUAAGGAUAAAUCAGAGUUUCAGCAGGGAUUUAACAAACAGGA